CCUGAGAUGGCACCCCGUGACAUGGUGGUUGCCUAGACACGGAAACCCGCGGUCCCUCAGCUGUCACCCUCGCGCAGGUUAGCAUAGGCAUGAUCUUAUAAGCAUCAUGGUACGGUAUGUGGCCCUGUCAAUGUAGGAGCGGAGGCUGUUAGAUUAUUCCGAUGUGCUAGAAUCAUAUUUGCCGAUCGCAUUGGACUCCGUCGAAUCGGUCUCCGAUAACGCCAAGCAGCGUAUUAGCAUAAAAGAAGAGAACAUGGAUAAGAAGAGAUCAAUGAACAUGCACAACGUAAGUACCAUGCCAAAGAGAGAAGCUCCCUCAUUGUUAAAUCUUUGUAUUUUUACAGCUAUAGAUAAUGUAAGGUAUCUAGGGGAUGUUGGAGAAACUGAUGAGGAUCUUCUUGACCGCAUUCUGCCACAUUGUACGCUUGACCAGUUGAUGCAUGUGGAGAAGAGUACAGUAGGAAGAGAUUUAGGUCCAGUGACCGAUAAGCUGUGGAAGAAUUUCUAUGAACGACAGUUUGGUCGUGAGAACACAGACCUUGUAGUUGAGAGGAUGAAGCAGAAGAAUGUGUCAUUUAGAUGGAUACAAUUAUAUGAGGCCAAAUCGAAGGAUAUGACAGAGGCUAUGAACAAAUCAGUUGAUCGACUUAAGCAACUGUACAAGGAUGAAGAUGCUCGAAAGCAAAAACGAACUAUUCAGCUUUGUUCAAAAGUUCCUCCUAGUAGUAAAAGAAGAUUUUUUGGAGAGAGUGGACCUGGCAAUCUUUCCCAUAUAAAAAGCAACUUGAUGAGGAAAGCAAAGUCGGAAUUCCUUAACAGCCGAGAAGUGCAAAAUAUUGCAGCCAUGAGGAAAAAUGCCGUGCAAAGAAAUAAUCGCACUUCUCCAAUGAUGAAACCAGGUGGGUCGGGUGUGAAGAAUUUUGCUUCAGCAUCUCGACAUGGGAGAUCUUAAUAGCAUACUUUGCCAGUCUUCCGGCUGUGGAGAAAGCAACUGCAGAUUGUUGUAAGCUGACAUCAUUAUUCUGAAAUCAGAUGUGCUGUAUAAUUUGCAAAUGAUAAUAAGCAAAAAGAACUCUUGAAGAUGGGAAUGGAUUUUCCCAUUUGUUGUUAAAGCUCUUUGAGCUUUCAAGUCAAUGAAUACUAGUCUCUAGCGACUAGCUUUAUUUCAUAAAGAUGGGAACUGAUCUCCUCAAUCUUGAGGCUGGUUUCUUCUUAUUGUUCGAGUGAAAGGACGAGAAGAGUAUUCUUCCGUAUAUUAAUAUUUCUAGCAUUUCAACUGUGACUGGAAAAAAA